AUGGUUGAUCCUCCAAGACAAAGUACCUCUUUGAUCCACCUCAGGAGAAAUUUCUCCACCUUGAUAGGUGCAAUCCAGCAUGUAGUUGUGGCAGCAAUUCUGGAGCAGAUGGCAAUGCUCGCACCUGGACGCCCUGCUCCGGUACUGGAAAUAGCCAUCCCUAGAAAAGGAAUAAAAGGAGGCCUAGUUGAAGGAGAUGUCCCGUGCCAGCUAAAGGAUAGAGAAGUUGAGUGCAGAGAGAAGGAUGCAGAAAUUAGAAAUUUGAAGGAGAAAGUAGUCAACUUGAUUAGACAAGUAGAGCUUCAAAAGUCCGAACUCAGCCGUCAGGAAAAUUUAGUGAAGUUGGCUUUGGAGAGACAUACCAACGAAAUGAAUGAAGCCUAUGGAGCUUGUGUGAUGAACAACAGCGACGGGCAUGCUUAUGACUUACGACCCAAGGGCUCCCAAAACUCCAGUCUUCUCAAUAGUGAAGUAUCUGCAUUUGAGCUAGAAGACACAUCUGAUGAUGAUCAACGAGAACAUCCAAGGCUAUCAGAUGAUACGGACGACGAGUGGGUACGCACGAGAGAGACAAAAAAACGCCAAGCUAGGAAAAGGAACUCUAAAACGGAUAGCCAUGUUGAAACGGCUGCUGAUUUAGAACACUUAGUUGUGGCGACCUCAAUUGAGCGAGUAUGUUGCUCGUGCAGCAAACAUUCUUCAUGCAAGACAUUAAGAUGUGAAUGCCGAGCUGCAAGUGGUAAUUGUACUCCGUCCUGUAGCUGUGGACGAAACAAAUGCAGCAACAGGGAAGAAGUUAGUGCAAAGGACUUAUUGCAACCAGAGACUGCUGGAAAUAUGUUAGACACAGAUGAAAAAGAAAGAAGUAAAAAUCUUGCUUCUCAUGGUGCAAUGCUACUUCAAACUGCUUUGUCUGAGAAGCCUGUCAACGCAAAUGAUGGAGUCACAAGGAAACCAUUAUCUGACAUUAGGAAUAACCUGGCAAAUGCUAGUGUCCCAAAACCUAAUCUGAGGAAAAAAUGGCGCAAAUCAGUCAUUCAGCUGGUACCUGCCACGCCAAUUGAGUCUCAAACCCAGAAUGUUGACGUACCGGAGCAAGCAAAAACUAAUGGAGAAAUUGAUAUUCCUUUGAAGUUACCAAGAGCGAUGCGCUCUACUUUGACGAGUAAUAAUCAGUUGAAAGAGAGGAACUCAGAUCAGCCCAAUCAGUCAGUUAACAAUGAGGUAUGCACUCCAUCCCUUGGAAGUCCACAUCAGCAAGCCAAAAUGAAAAAUGGGAAAGAAAACAAGGGACUAUAGAAGGAUAUUCGUUGAAAUUC